UUUGAUCGGUUGUAGAUUUUCUGAGACGAGAGAGUGAUAGCCGGUUCGAGCCGAGAUAUAUAGUACGGACACUAACUGUACAUUCACAUCACACCGCCCGCUAUCAGGCUCGGCGUCAUGCACUCGCUGCCGGUCAAGUGAUCGUCUUUAGGAGGAGUCAGCGAGAGUGCAGCCCGCCGACGAUACAGGAGAAGUGAGGUGGUUGUACGCGAGGAUUUGAUUACAAUUUCUCCUUAUAGCUUGUGAGAGCUGACUUCAGUCGGACCAGUUGCUGCGAGGCUGCGGAAGCAACUCGUCGCUACACUGCUCGCUCUAGCAUGUGGCUGACAGAUGGACAACUCACGGUCUGAGCGACGGGAGUCUCGUUGCUUGUAAUCCAAGUGAAUAUAGUGUGUUAUUUCUCUCCUGGAUAUUGUGGACUCUAUUCAUUCGGAAUACCCGUCAUCAUGAACGGGGACACAACCUCACCACCUGUACAAAGGUCAACGCGAUUCGCGGCAGCUAAACGCAAGAAACAACGAGGGAAGAGAGCCCGAUCCGAUGGCUUUGUUUUGGGGCUUGAUCUUGCCAAUUCGGAUGAUGAAGACAACGAAGGUUCCAAACUGGAUUCGGAUUCUCUCCAGUUCCUGCUAUGGAUACGGAACCCAACUGUCCAAAACUUGGCCAAACUUAGAAAGGCCAUUAAGUCCAAUGACCGCGACUGGAUGAGGGAGUUUCUAGAGUUUGACGGAUUGGGGUUGUUGUUUCAGUGUCUGAAGAACCUGUCGAGUUUUAAGGGGGUCAGUUUGUCCGACAUGGUGCUACGGAUGGAGUGUGCUAUGUGUGUCAGGGAGGUGGUCAACUCGCAGAGUGGACUGGACUGUCUGCUCAAACUCAAGGGAAAGAAGGACAAUAUCUUCGGCCGGAGAUUGGCUGCAGCUCUGGAGACGAACAACGUGAUGGUGAAGCUGCAGAUAUUUGAGCUGCUGUCGGCCCUGUGUGUGUAUUCGAGGGACGGCUUCGACCUGACGCUGGACGCCCUCGAGAGAUACAGGGCGUGGCAGAAGCUACCGUACCGGUUCAGCCUGCUGGUCAACGAGCUGAAGAGAGCCGACCUAACAAGUUACCGCAUCAGCGUCAUAGCCCUCAUCAACUCCAUCAUCGUCGCCAACGAGAACAUCAGGGACAGAGUCAGGAUCAGAAACGACUUUGUCGCCCUCAACAUCCUCGACGUCAUCAACACCAUCCGCGCCGAUGAGGACGAGGACCUCCACGUGCAGUGUGACGUGUUUGAGGAGGAGUUGACCGCGGACUCCGAAGCCCUUGAGGAGAUGAACAACACCACUGUCGACCUCAGCAAGCACGACGACCUGUUCAAGGCCAUCUAUAAUAAGGUGCAAGACACGCCCCUCGGUGCCUCCCUCCUCGCAAUCCUGUACAGCCUAUACCAGAUAGACCACACAUCCGCACAAAGCGAGGCCACGUGGAUCCUUGCGGAGAAGCUGGUUAACCAGGCUGUUGAGAAUGCUGUAGAGGCCGAGCGUCUGUUGGCAGGAGGGACGCUCAAGUCCGCAGGCAAGAAAUGUGACAGGGAGGUACAGACAGAGGAAGUAAUCUCAUCAAGAGGCCUCCAGCGGAGAAGUGCAAUACUCAGACAACAGCAUGUCGACAGCCAGGCCGGACCCCCACCGGCCUCUCCCCCACCUCCUGGGGGAAUACCUCCCCCGCCUCCACCUCCUGGAGGAAUACCCCCACCACCUCCACCACCACCACCGGGAGGUGCACCCCCACCUCCACCUCCACCCCCACCGCCAGGAGGUGCACCACCCCCUCCACCUCCACCUCCACCACCUGGAGGGGCGCCUCCUCCUCCUCCUCUCCCAGGGGGUGCCCCUCCUCCCCCACCCCCUCCAGGCGGCCCACCUGCACCGCCACCACCCCCGGGGAUGCCAGGAGUUCCUCCACCUCUACCCGCGUCAAAUGUAUCCCGACAGAAUCUUGCUCCAAUCCCUCAAGUAGACCUCAUCAAAACCCCUGAACCGCAGUGCAAGAUGAAGACGCUAGCCUGGAACAAGUUGGCUCCAACAAAUGUAUCAAAGACCAGCAUCUGGGGCGAUGUGUCCAAGAUGAAGGACCAGGUCCCUGUAGAAUACAGCAAGCUUGAGGAACUGUUUGCACAGAAGACCUUCACCUCGCAAAACUCGACCUCUGACGUCAAGCCGGAGGACAAGGUCAUCAUGAGACGGCCGUCCACAAGCACAGAGAUAACUCUCCUUGAUCCUAAAAGAAGUAUGAACGUCAACAUAUUCCUCAAGCAGUUCCGGAAGUCCAACGACGCCAUUAUUGAUCUCAUCAAGAAAUGUGACGCUCGAGCGUUUGGGUCUGAGAAACUUAAAGGUCUGCUGAAAAUAUUCCCGUCUCAGGAUGAGAUUGACACGAUCCAGCAUUUCGAGGGCGACACUACACGUCUUGGCAGUGCUGAGAAGUUCUUCCACCAGCUGGUGCACGUGUCUGACUACAAGGUGCGCGUAGAGGGGAUGCUACUCAAGGCGGACUUUAACUCCCACCUGGGCAGCAUCAGGCCCAACAUCCAGCUUCUCAACUCCAUCUGCCGCAGCCUCAUCGACAACAAGUCACUCAAGAGCUUCCUUCGUUACGUCCUCCACGCUGGCAACUUCAUCAACAAUAAGAGCAACUCGGGCAACGCCGUUGCCUUCCGCAUCAGUUCCCUCAACAAGUUGGUGAUGACGAAGUCGCACGUUCCGCGGAUGACGUUGCUACAUUUCAUCGUGGAGGAGGUGGAGCAGAAAAACAAAGACGCGCUAAAGUUUGUGGAUGAUUUACUUGAGAAUCUACAGAAAAGUUCAAGGUUCAGUCUUACCACCAUAAGGUCAGAGUUCAACCAGGUCAAGGUCAAUGUUAAGAAGCUACAGAGCCAACUGGAAGAUGUGGACGAAGAGAUCAAGUCCAAGUUCAAAGCUUUUCUGGAGGAGUCCGAUUCGGACCUGGGUGAUGUGGAAGAGGGCUUGGAACGCCUCACUAAACUAUCAGGGAGGUUGGCCAACCACUUUUGUGAAAACGAAAAGACGUUUCACCUGGACGAAUUCCUGGAAUCCUUCCGCGAGUUCUGCGACAUGGUCAAGCAGACGGAGCAGGAGCUGGAGACGAGGAAGUUGCAGGCAGAGAGGGCGGAGAAGAGGAAGAAGGCUCAGCAGGAUCUGGUCGACAGAAGGAGAAGUGGUACACGGGAUGGUUCAGUGGAUGAGAAGAAGAAGAUUGUUGACAAUCUUGUUAACGAAAUCAGACGCGGCAAAGUGCUUAGGAGGUUGUCCCUCAAACGUAAAACCAAUAUGGCGAUCACGGCCAUGGAGACAAGCCAUUUGUAGCAGAAUCUAUAUCCCCGUCUGUGUGUCUGUUGGGUCACCACGUGACAUCUGAUUAUUACCUUAUACGGGAAGACACUACCACGUGCCGGGACCAGACAUGAAUCUGUCUAUUCAAAACAAAAGGGAUGUGAUCUCGAAUGUCUCUAUUCGAAAACGACAUGGUUCUUGUGAGCUGCAAGUACGACAAUCAUUUCCGGGUCACGUGUGAACAUGAUUUCCGUCUGUGUGUCCCUCAUCAUCGCCAUUUUUUCGGCGUGAGCCUUUUUGGAUACAACGACGCUACCGAUUCUACCAAAAACCUGUAGGUGUGUCUUUCAGCAACCAGCGAUAGACACGCGGCCUCUAGUCCGUUAGUCCAAGACUAGUGAAAAUCUUCAGGGACUAGUUGAUUUCUCCGAAGAUCUUUUAUGUUACAUUUAGUACUAGUCCAAAAUGAGCUGGAGACUAGUUGGAUUUGAAUGUCGACCCCUGGCAAGACGUCGAGGAUACGCUUCUGGAAAGAACUCAUAAGACAGCCAGAUACAAAAGAACGGCCGCGCUCAUCGAAAAUCUGCUUCUCUUGUGAUUAUGAUAACGUCGAUGUCUGUCUUUAAGUGUCCGUUACUUCAAUCUGCCCAUCGAUAUUAUGUUUACAAUGCUUGUUCAUCAAUGAGUUUCAUAAUAAUAAUAAUAAUAUUUUUUAAUAAUAAUAAUAAUGAUUAUAAUCCAUUUAUAUUGUGCUGCCCUAAAUACAUAAGCAUGGUCUCAGCGCUUAUACCUUAUAACACUGGUCACUGGAUCAGUAUACACUCAAUAUCCAUUCUCAGCUCCCCUGGGAGUAAUCAUAAGAUCGCGAUUAUCAUGGACACGCAAUAUUAAUGGUCGUUGACGUCAGAUCUUCACAUAGGGUACUCAGCAUUAAUAGAAUACAAUUGGGGAUUGCCGUAGAAUGAUGGUGUUGAUGUCACGUCUCUCUGCCCGCCACACGUGUCAGUAUUCAACGUCUUGACCAUGACGCGGAAUAAUAGUGUACUCAAAAUAAAGAUACAGUUGCUUGGCGAUAUAUCGAACUUGUAUUGCCUAAUCAUAAUCUCAAACGAUCUAUAUGAAUACCGCAUUUCGGAUUAUACAUAUUACUAAAGAUAUGAAUAAAUUCGCAGGAUGGAUUCAGGAUGGACUUUAUAGGGCAUACCAAUGAUGUGAAAAAAAUUAGAAAUGUGUAUGUUAUUUGAAUAUUUCUCAAAAUUUCUCUAAUUUUAUAGAUGUACAUGAACUUGGGUUCAAUAGAAACGCUAAAACCCUAGCGUAUGUCAAUAAAGCGACGUUAACUUUCCGUGGACCAUCCUCGAUGUAUCUCCAUUCUAGCAGGAUACAUACCCUUGUACCUGGGCUUUGUUAAGCAACAAAUGAUAAAAUAUAAAUAUCACAUCUCUUUGCUAUAAAUGAAAUGUUAACAUAUUUUGAAUGAUUUAUUUUGUUAUUUUUAAAUGCAAUUUAAGAAUUUUGGACUAUUUUAAAAUCUAUGAAAAUGCUCUCACAUAAACAUAGCUAACCUGUGUAUAAAAAGUUUCUAAGUUCUUGUGUAAGCAUGAGUGUCUUCUAGUGAUGAUAGCCCAAAGACUAUGCAUGUGUAUUAAGACGUCCCGUGUGCAUUUGUAUGUUUUAGUCGCAAAACCCUUGCAAAUAUUGUGUUGUCAGAAGAGUAUGAUAUUAACGUAGUUCGUAGCUGUCGUUAGCAUUCGUGACCUCUCGUGCCAUUCCGGAACAAGCCGAAUUGUCUUUGCAGGUUACGGAAAGAGGCGACAUGGAACGAAUGUAGCGUUUGAUGUUUAAAAAUAUUUACGUAUACCAACCAAUCAGUGGAAUUGUUCUUAUGUGCACAAAGUUUCCAAGUGGCUUCCAGUUUAUUCUAUUUUAAGCUGUUUUUAUUUUAUGGCUUGUGUAAAUAUUUGCUGAUAUGCAACUGUCUCAUUCGGAAUACAUCGGUAUUUUCGUCGGCCUGGUGUAUAUGGUGGUAGCCGAUGUUCUGAAUGUGUCCGUCUCCGCCAACUGUGAUGUAUGUGUGGUAAUGAGCACGUGAUGUUGAUGACGUAUGCUUGGUAAACUUGUGAAUCUCUAUUGACUGCAAUAUGUACAGAUUGUGUUAUUAAACAUUUUAUUUCUC